CCAGUUACCUGAAUCAGGCCGGGAAAUGGUCCACGAAGGCCCAACCAAAGCCAUCUCCCACCCGACCUGUUGCGCCGGCCGCCGGGAGGAGGAGAGACACGCCGCCGUCUCGCCUCUUUCCCCUCCCGCAAGCCGCACCGCAGCCGAGCGAUCGAGAGUCGGAGGUGGAGGUGGGAGAUGUCGAAGUCGUGCAAGGGGCUAGCCAUGGAGCUCGUCAAGUGCCUCAGCGAGACCGACUGCGUCAAGGUGCAGAAGAGGCCGUACAAGGAGUGCGCGGGGGAGAAGGCGCCCAACAUCACCAGCGAGUGCGUCGGCCUGCGGGAGACCUACUUCAACUGCAAAAGGGGCCAGGUUGACAUGCGAGCCCGGAUACGUGGGAACAAGGGGUAUUGAUGGUGUGCAUGUGAGUAUUGAUGGUGUGCAUGUGAACUCCCUUAUCCAGUUAAAACUUGUAGCCGAAUUGUGACUACAAGACAUCUUUUGUUCUAUAUAUGCUUUUGAUCUCCAGUAGAAUCAUAUGUAUUUUUUUCCCUCGCGAGUCACGAUAGGAUAGAGGAACCAACUCAGCACACGAGUAGAUUCAGUCAAUGAGAGGGUGCAUCGUCUUGUGGAGAAAAGAAAUGUUUGAUCAUAAUGCAGUUUGUCUGCAAUUUUCUGAUAUGGAACGGCGGAACUAUCACA